AUGGCUGCUGCCAACGGCAACAAAAAGCCACGCCUUGAUUUGGCACUGCACAAGGGCCAUUCGAUCUGUCUGGUACUUGAUUAUGGAUCUCAGUAUACUCAACUGAUUGCCAGAAGAGUGAGGGAGAAUGGGGUUUACUCAAUGCUCAUACCUGGCGAUGUCACCCUGGAGCGCAUCAAGUCAGUGCAGCCAAAGGCAAUUAUCCUCUCUGGUGGACCAAAUUCGGUACAUGUGGCAGACGCUCCGCAGCUCCCAGCCGGUUUCUUUGAUUACAUCAAGGAGAACAACAUCCCAGUUUUGGGCAUCUGCUAUGGCAUGCAGCUCCUUGUGCAGUCGCUAGGGGGCGAGGUGCAGACUGUGGAAACGGACGGGGAGUACGGGCGCAUGUCCAUCAGAACCACGCAGGCCAGUGAGCUGUACAGUGAUGAGACCGACCACGCUCAGAUGGUGUGGAUGAGCCACGGCGACAAGGCCACCCGGCUGCCUGACGGCUUCCAAGCAGUCGCCACCAGCGAAAAGGGCACUGUGGUGGCGAUAGAGAAUACUGCGGCUCAGCUGUACGGGCUGCAGUACCACCCAGAGGUGCAGCACAGCGAGAGGGGCAUUGCCACGCUGCGCCGCUUCCUGUUUGACAUCAGCAAGGUGCCGGCCGACUGGAAGAUUGAGAAUGUGCUGGAGGAGGAAAUGGCCAAGAUCAGGGCCACGGUGGGGCCCACGGACCAUGUCAUCUGCGCGCUGUCUGGAGGAGUGGACAGCACAGUGGCAGCCACGCUCGUGCAUCAAGUGCUGGGAGACCGCCUGCACUGCGUCUUUGUGGACAAUGGCCUCCUCAGAUACAAGGAAGCAGAGCGGGUGAUGGACACCUUCAAAAAUCACCUGCACCUGCCAGUCACCAUGAUUGACCACACAGAAGUCAUGCUGGCCAGGCUCAAGGGGCUGAAAGACCCAGAGGAGAAGCGCAAGGCGAUCGGCGCCGAAUUCAUCAACGUGUUCCAGACCUUUGCUGACAACUUUGAGAAGGAUCACGGCAUAUGUCCCAAAUACCUUGGAACGCUGUACCCAGAUGUCAUCGAGUCCUGCCCGCCCCCGGGCACGGGGCAGAAGCACAGCCACAUGAUCAAGUCCCACCACAACGUGGGUGGCCUCCCCAAAGACCUCAAGUUCACCCUCAUCGAGCCCCUGCGUGAGCUCUUCAAGGAUGAGGUGCGAGCGUUGGGCCGCCUGCCAGCGCUGAACGUGCCAGAGGCCUUCAUCACUCGCCACCCCUUCCCCGGGCCGGGGUUGGCGGUGCGUGUGCUGGGGGAUGUGACGGAGGGGGAUGCGCUGGAUGUGCUGCGACAGGUGGACGAGAUCUACAUCAACACAAUCCGCGACUUCGGCCUCUACGACAACAUCUGGCAGGCCUUCGCCGUCUUCCUGCCCGUCAGGUCGGUGGGGGUGCAGGGGGACCAGCGCACGCACAGCAGCGUGGUGGCGCUGCGCGCGGUGACGAGCGGGGACGGCAUGACGGCCGACUGGUACCCCUUUGAGCCCAAGUUCCUGCAGACCGUCUCCAGCCGCAUCUGCAACGGCGUCCGAUCCGUCAACCGUGUCGUUUAUGACAUCACCAGCAAGCCGCCCGGCACCAUCGAGUGGGAGUAG